AUGCUAAAGAAACAAAUCCCUGCAUUUGACUGUUUCGGUAAACCUAGUGAAAGGGAGCCCAUGAUUGUGAAUUCAUUAACGACGGUGAGCAAUGUUUUGAAUGUUACUGCUCAACAGAGGAAGUCGGUGCGUCUAACGAUAUGUCCACAGGUUACACAACACAAGAUAUGGACGGGUGCCCUUGAGAAAAUAUUGAACGAAUUGAAAACAGAGAUUGGUUUGUUGAAUUGCCAAUUCCCAAGUGAAGGAACUAAGAUGGGUCAGCAGAUAGUUUCUAGUUGCCUUAAGUUCUUGGACGAAUCAGCUGGUUCUUGUGACCCUGAUUCCGCUUCAUGGAUUCGGCUUUCGCCUGCAAAAGUUGUCGACUCUCCACGUAAAUGGGAGGAUGUUUUCGAGAUGUUUAACGAUCUCAUUAACUGUUUUAAGAGUGAAAAGGACCGGCUUUACCAUUUGAAAAAGAUCGAGGUAAUGAAAGGAGGUGUCUCUCAGAUUAGGGAUGUGUUAGUUGAUAAUAGUAUUGGAUAUAAGGAUGCUAGGCACCAAGAAAGCCUCAUACAGAAGAAGUUGACUAAGACAUUGGGACACUCAUCACAGUGCUUAUUCACACUUUUAUUGUAUUACCUCUAUGGCCAGGUUAGAGAUCUCGAAGUGGAUUUGUGUGGAGCUGUUUAA